GAAGUACGGCGCAGUUCCCCUUGCGGUUCCGCCGCCUGGUUCAGCUUCCCGGAGCUGUGCGGGCGGCCGCUGGGGCCCGCCGACUACCUGGCGCUGUCUCAGAGGUUCCACGUGGUGUUUGUGGAGGGCGUACCCGCCAUGUCCUUGCAGGUUCGCGAUCAGGCUCGUCGUUUCAUCACCCUGAUAGACGAGCUGUACAACUGCCGGUGUGUGUUGGUGGUGAGUGCGGAGGUGCCCCCCGAGGAGCUGUUCUCCGGGGCGGAGGGCCAGGAGGGGAUCCUGGACCUGGAGAGCCUGCACAGCCCCGCGGCCCUGGCGGCGACGGUGGGGGCGCUGGGCGGCGCGGAGGAGCGAUUCGCAUUCCGCCGGGCCGUGUCGCGGCUCCUGGAGAUGCAGUCGCCCCAGUAC